GGCGGUCAUUACCACUGUGCUUGACUCCGACAUAGUCAUGCAGACCCAGCUCGGUGUGCUGCUGCUGCUGCUUGUCUCUGCUGUCAAAGUGAACGCACUGCAGUGCUACACGUGCGACGCUCAGGGCGCCAAUAGUAAGUGUCAGAGCCCGGCAGCCUGCAGCCAGACGGACACGUCCUGCAUGACGACGGUGGUGAAUACGAUUGCGGGGUCGCUCACCCUGUCCACCUCCAUCACGAAGGCCUGCGCUGCCACCUGCUCGGCCUCCGAGCUCAGCAUGGGGAUGAUCUCCACGCGGGUGACCUGCUGCGCCACAGACCUGUGUAAUGCCAACAGCGCCACCAUCAGGAGGCUGCAGCCGCUGGGCCUGCUCGUCGUGCUUCUUCACUUGCUCCUCUUCGCCAGUUAG